ACUUUGGAAGUGUUCAGAAAUCUCAGCAUGAUGGAGCCCAAAGCACCUGUCUGGCACCGGGAGAGUGCUUUACUGGAAAUCAACAUGAUAUGAAAAUGCAUUUCAGUGCACCUUAUCGACCCUGUUUGAAGGUUGCCGUACUCUCGUCAUCACCGUGGCAGAUGCCACCAGGGACCUGCUCUUUUGUUUUAUGCAAGCUAAUUGAUUCCAGUUGGCACCUGAUGCACAUGUACAUUUUAAGGAUCCCAAAUAAGAGCACAAAUCACUAUCAAGCAUUUGAAGUUUUUGCCUCUCAGCUGGAGAGGGAACUCAAUAUCCCCUCAGCAAUUUGCUCAAAUAAUGUUUCUAAAAAUCUACUUUUCUGAAGAGGGGGAAAGAAAGGAAACGAGUGCUGGUAUUUUACAGCAAUAGAAAUCCUUUUGGAAUUUUGUGGCUGACUUGGAGCUGCAGACCUUUACUAUUGCAAGUAGAAGAAAAAAGAAGAGAAAGAGAGAUUAAUUUUUCAGAAACAGUAGCUGGCAGGAAAAAUGAAAUUUAUUGGCUUCCUUUUCUUCUGUAUGCUGAUGAAUAUGCUAACAGAUGCCCGGUCAAUUCAGGAAGGAGAUGAUCUUUAUCGGGAAUCUGUAGCCAUGCCGUACUGGCCCUUCUCCUCCAGCGACUUCUGGUCCUACGUGGAGUAUUUCCGGGCGCUGGGAGCCUACGACAGGAUCGACGAAAUGGCCAGAGCCCUGUUCGCCCAGCUGCCCCUGGGCAGCCGCCUGGGCUACCAGCUGCCCGGCCGCGAGCGCUGAGCCACGGCUUCCUCCUCGCGCCUCGGCCGGCGCCGACACGUGCUGGUGGGCGCCUGGUGGGAGGCCUGCCCCGCCAGCACCCCCGCUCCUGAGAGCAGGUGUGUGCAGCGGGCACAAAGAGCGCUUCCUUGCCAUUAACGCUUUGGGGAAAGUCAAUAAACGCCUCGGCUGUGUCAG